GAGUAAAUUUACUCUUGUUGCUACACAAGCAACAUUGACACAUACCUCGUCACACUGUGCCAGCGCCCCAAAUAUUGCAGCAACAUCAGCGAAAUGGUCGAAAUUCAGGUGGUGCGCUAUGUAAUAUUUUCGCUGCUUCUGUCCCUAGGACACACUUUGGAGUGCUACACGUGCAGCGGUCAACUCGGUAUACCAAAUAUGGUUAGCGAUUGCGAACAAUUUUCACGGCAUGAUGAUCACAAAAAGUCAAUAUGUCUGCCUGGAGAACAAGUUUGCGCCAAAUAUAUAGUACACCAUGAUGGAAUGAGGUGGGUUCACCGAUCAUGUAAGCCAUUUGACAUUUGCACGGUCCUUAAAAAUGUCUACAACAACGGAAGAGAUCAGCUGAUCGAAUGCACCACGUGCUCUGAUAGAAAUUUGUGCAACUCGGCCGACAUUUUGUAUCGAUAUUUGUAUAUUUAUAUGACGCUUAUAGCAUUAAUAUUGGUGCAAAAUAUGUAAAAAUAAAUCUUUUUA